AAAAAAAAAAAAAAAAGGGGGAUCAACAACAGCAGCUUUGCAGCCGCUCCUUCCCCACGCCCGGACCAUGCACCCCUGCAUCUUCCUGCGCGGCCACAGGCGAGCCCUUGAUUUUGGGAACUGAGGGCUAAAACUUUUUGACUCUCCUUCUCCCUAACAACUGAAUCAUGCCAUGUGCCCAGAGGAGCUGGCUUGCAAACCUGUCCGUGGUGGCUCAGCUGCUUAACUUUGGGGCGCUUUGCUAUGGGAGACAACCUCAGCCGGGCCCGGUUCGUUUCCCAGACCCGAGGCAAGAACAUUUUAUCAAGACCCUGCCAGAAUACCAGGUGGUGGGUCCUGUCCAAGUAGAUGCGAGUGGGCAUUUCCUGUCAUAUAGCUUGCACCUUCCUGUCCCCAGCAGCAGGAGGAAGAGAGACUUGGGUUCCUCAGAGGACUGGGUCUACUACCAAAUUUCACACGAGGAGAAGGACCUGUUCUUCAACCUGACAGUCAAUCAGAGAUUUCUUUCCAAUAGCUACAUCGUGGAGAAGAGAUAUGGGAACCUCUCCCACGUUAAAAUGUUGGCCUCCUCGGGGCCUCCCUGCCACCUCAGGGGCACAGUCCUGCAGCAGGGAACCACAGUUGGGACUGCAGCCCUCAGCGCCUGCCAUGGACUGACUGGAUUUUUCCAUCUACCACAUGGAGACUUUUUCAUUGAGCCUGUUAAAAAGCAUCCAGUGGCUGAGGGUGCCUACCCACACAUCGUUUACCGGAGGCAGAGAGUUCAAGAGACAAAGGAGCCAGCCUGCGGAUUAAAGGACAGUCUUGGCACCUCCGAGAAGCAAGAGCUACAACGAGAAAAGUGGGAGAGGAACAACAUGCCAAGAAGAAGCCUCUCUCGACGCUCCAUCAGCAAAGAGAGAUGGGUGGAGACACUGGUGGUGGCUGACACAAAGAUGAUCGAGUACCAUGGGAGUGAAAAUGUGGAGUCCUACAUCCUCACCAUCAUGAACAUGGUCACUGGGUUGUUCCAUAAUCCAAGUAUUGGUAAUGCAGUUCACAUCGUUGUGGUUCGGCUCAUUCUCCUUGAAGAAGAAGAGCAAGGACUGAAAAUAACCCACCAUGCAGAGAAAACACUGUCCAGCUUCUGCAAGUGGCAGAAGAGCAUCAAUCCCAAGAGUGACCUCAAUCCUGUCCAUCAUGAUGUGGCUGUCCUUAUUACCAGAAAAGACAUCUGUGCUGGUGUCAAUCGCCCCUGUGAGACCCUGGGUCUGUCCCACUUGUCAGGAAUGUGUCAGCCUCACCGCAGUUGUAACAUCAAUGAAGACUCUGGACUCCCUCUGGCCUUCACCAUUGCUCAUGAGCUCGGACACAGCUUUGGCAUCCAGCAUGAUGGGAAAGAAAAUGACUGUGAGCCCGUGGGCAGGCACCCGUACAUCAUGUCCCAUCAGCUCCAGUACGAUCCCACUCCACUGACAUGGUCCAAGUGCAGCAAGGAGUAUAUCACCCGCUUCUUGGACCGAGGCUGGGGGUUCUGUCUUGAUGACAUUCCCAAAAAGAAAGGCUUGAAGUCCAAGGUCAUUGCCCCUGGCGUGAUCUAUGAUGUCCACCACCAAUGCCAGCUCCAGUAUGGUCCUAAUGCUACCUUCUGCCAGGAAGUUGAAAACGUUUGUCAGACGCUGUGGUGCUCAGUAAAAGGCUUUUGUCGCUCUAAACUGGAUGCUGCUGCAGAUGGGACAAGAUGUGGUGAGAAGAAGUGGUGCAUGGCGGGCAAGUGCAUCACAGUGGGGAAGAAACCAGAGAGCAUCCCUGGAGGCUGGGGCCGCUGGUCACCCUGGUCCCACUGUUCCAGAACCUGUGGGGCUGGAGCCCAGAGUGCAGAAAGGCUCUGCAACAACCCUGAACCAAAGUUUGGAGGUAAAUACUGCACUGGAGAAAGAAAGCGAUAUCGCUUGUGCAACGUCCACCCCUGUCGCCCAGAUGCACCAACAUUUCGGCAGAUGCAAUGCAGUGAAUUUGACACCGUUCCCUACAAGAAUGAAUUCUACCACUGGUUUCCAGUUUUUAAUUCAGCACGUCCUUGUGAGCUCUACUGCCGACCCAUAGAUGGCCAGUUUUCUGAGAGAAUGCUGGAUGCUGUCAUUGAUGGUACCCCUUGCUUUGAAGGUGGCAACAGCAGAAAUGUCUGUAUUAAUGGCAUAUGUAAGAUGGUUGGCUGUGACUACGAGAUCGAUUCCAAUGCCACGGAGGAUCGCUGUGGUGUUUGUCUGGGAGACGGCUCUGCCUGCCAGACUGUAAGGAAGAUGUUCAAGCAGAAAGAAGGAUCUGGUUAUGUUGACAUCGGGCUCAUUCCCAAAGGAGCGAGGGACAUAAGGGUGAUGGAAAUCAAAGCAGCAGGAAACUUCCUGGCCAUCAGGAGUGAAGACCCAGAAAAAUACUAUCUGAAUGGAGGAUUCAUUAUCCAGUGGAACGGGAACUAUAAGCUGGCAGGGACGGUCUUUCAGUAUGACAGGAAAGGAGACCUGGAGAAACUGAUGGCCCCUGGCCCCACCAAUGAGUCAGUGUGGAUCCAGCUCCUAUUCCAGGUGACUAACCCAGGCAUCAAGUAUGAGUACACAAUCCGGAAAGAUGGCCUUGACAACGAUGUGGAGCAAUUGGUGUACUUCUGGCAGUUUGGCCGUUGGACAGAGUGCAGUGUGACAUGCGGGACAGGUAUCCGCCGUCAGACUGCCCAUUGUGUGAAGAAGGGCCACGGGGUGGUGAAAGCUACAUUCUGCAACCCGGAAAAACAGCCCAAUGGGAGACAAAAGAAGUGCUAUGAAAAGGAUUGUCCACCCAGGUGGUGGGCAGGAGAAUGGGAAGCAUGUUCCACAACAUGUGGACCCUAUGGAGAGAAGAAGCGUACAGUAUUGUGCAUUCAGACCAUGGGCUCUGAUGAGCAAGCUCUCCCAGCUACAGACUGCCAGCAUCUGCUGAAGCCCAAGGCUCUCAUUUCCUGUAACAGAGAUAUCCUGUGUCCAUCGGAUUGGACAGUGGGCAACUGGAGUGAGUGUUCUGUUUCCUGUGGUGGAGGAGUGCGGAUUCGCAGUGUCACGUGUGCCAAGAACCUGGAUGAACCUUGCGACAGGACGAGGAAACCCAACAGCCGAGCCCUGUGUGGCCUCCAGCAGUGUCCGUCUAGCCGGAGAGUUCUGAAACCCAACCAAGGCACCAUUUCCGAUGGGAAAGAUCUACCAACCUCUGAGCAAGACCCCUUACAGCCCAUCCCUCCACCCACACCCACGCCUACACUGCUUACCACACCCACCGUGCCUGACUCUAUGAGCACCAGUACUCCAGCAGUCGGUCGCACUACUCCUGCCACAGCCUCCAAAGAGGGAGACCUGGAUGGGAAACAGUGGCCAAAUACUUCAACCCAAACCAACCUGGACUCCCAUGAUCUUAUUUCCACUGGAAGCACUUCCCAGCCCAUCCUCCCUUCCUGGUCUUUGAGUGUCCAGCCCCAUGUUGAAAAUGCUUCUAGUUCAGAUACUGGUCCUACUGCAGAGGGAGGCUUUGUAGCUACAACAAGUAGUUCUGACUUAUCUUCUGGCAAUGCUGUGACUUGGCAAGUAACUCCAUUCUACAGUACCUUGACCAAAGAUCCAGAACUGGAGAUUCACAGUGGCUCAGGGGAUGACAGUGAACAGCCCAAGAACAAAGAUGAAAGUCAUACUGUUAAAUGGAGCAAGGUCGGUGGGCCUAGAAAUGAUGAUCCAAUGGAGAAAAGUACAGAGAUGCCACUUGGACCUCCACCAACACCUCACCUUGGGGAGGAGUCCUUACAGCCUCCCUUUAGCACAGUAAUAGAAGGCCCACUACCUAGUCAAAGACCCAGUAUCCUGAAAAACGGGACACUCAGAGCAGAAGGGAUGGUCACUGAAAAAUCAAGUAACACUCCACUCCCUCAUGGAGGUGACCACCAGCCAAUACUCUCAGAAAAGUCUGUAAAAAAUCACCACCUGGAACUUCCAAGCAACACAAAUGUAACGCAAGAUUCUGAACCAGUCCUGACAGAGGAAGACGCGUCUAGCUUGAUUGCUGAGGGGUUUUUGCUGAAUGCCUCCAACUAUAAGCAGCUCAUGAAGGAACACACUCCUGCAUACUGGGUUGUUGGAAACUGGAGUGAGUGUUCCACCACCUGUGGGCUGGGGGCUUACUGGAGAAGUGUGGAGUGCAGCACCCAGAUAGACACUGACUGUGCGGCCAUCCAGAGGCCUGACCCUGCAAAGAAAUGCCACCUUCGCCCAUGUGCCGGAUGGAAAGUGGGAAACUGGAGCAAGUGUUCCCGAAACUGCAGUGGAGGCUUCAAGAUCAGGGAGAUUCAGUGUGUGGACAGCUGGGACCAUCACCGGAGCCUGAGACCCUUUCACUGCCAGUUCCUGGCCGGCAUUCCUCCCCCUCAAAGCAUGAGCUGCAAUCUGGAGCCCUGUGAGGAGUGGCAUGUGGAACCCUGGAGUCAGUGUUCCAGGUCCUGUGGAGGCGGAAUUCAGGAGAGAGGUGUGUCCUGUCCAGGAGGCCUCUGUGACUGGACAAAAAGGCCCCCAUCAACUGUGCCCUGCAACAGGCACCCUUGCUGUCACUGGACCACUGGGAACUGGGAUCUGUGCACAGCUUCCUGUGGAGGUGGCUUUAAGAAGAGAACUGUCCUUUGUGUCCCAUCAGAAAACAAUACAGCUGAAGGCCAAGAUGGAUGCCUAUGUGAUCAUGAACCCAGACCCCCAGAAUUUCAAAAAUGCAACCAACAAGCCUGUGCUGAUUUACUUUGCACCAAUGACAGGCUGUCAGCCAGCUUCUGCCAGACACUGAAGGGCAUGAAGAAAUGUUCUGUGCCCACCAUCAGGGCUCAGUGCUGCCUCUCAUGCCCCCAGGCACACGUCCAGACCCAGAGACAAAGAAGGCAACAGUCACUCAAAAAGCCCUUCUAAGUCCAGAAGGAAGCCAUCCUCCACCCUAGACUGCAGCAACUUGCUGACCAGAACAUAUUUGGGUCCUGGGGGCCACGUCAUUGAAGUUUUGCUUUACACAUUUCAGGUUCAACUUUGGGUCAUAACGAAACAAAACAACUGCGUUCUUCUAGCCACAGAAUGUCCCUUACAGGAAGCCUGGGACUUUCACCCUUGGUGUUCCCUGAUAGGAAGGUAAAAUAUCUAGGAGAACCCCACAUCACCUGGGAUCAGCUCCUACAAAAGGUGAAAGAUUAGGCAGGUGUGUGAAAUGAUGUUUUUUUCCCCCUUAAAGAUGAAAACAGACCAGGUUUUUCCCAGUCUACCUCAAAAGUGUCAGGAAAAAGAGCCAUAAUUACCCAGGGAACAAAUGAUCUUUUAAAUUCACCUUGAAGAAUACAUUCUCUUCCCCACACCUGCCUGGGGCAGCUGCUGUUUAAAAGGUCAUGGGGAGCUUUUAGGAACAUUCCUUUCAUGCAUCCGUCCAGGAGAGAACAGCUUUCUUUGUCCAGUGUUCCUGAGGACAGGAGGAGAGUGUGCUGACAGCAUCCCUCAAUCUACCCCUCGAUCCAUGUAGGACUCCAUAGCUGGACUGUUUAGUGUCUAAGACCCUAGACUACAAGGACACAGAUAUCAGCUUCAGCCUAAGGAAUUUAGGCUGGUUACACAGAACACAUUCCCAACUUGAGGACAAUUUCUAUGCAAAAUCUUGAAAAGCCAAUGAACUGAUGUCCCUCUUUCUAGCAAAAGACAGGAAAUGUGAGCCCUUUGUUCCUCCCACUCUCCUGGCAUGUACCCAUUCCUUCACAGAACAGCAAGUGAGGUUCCCUGCUUCAUUUGUUCUUCCUGAUGCCUGCCUGUGUCACAAGCUCAGGUCCCAAUAUUGUCUUGGUGUACAAAGAUCAUUACAACCAACAUGAGGCUGCCACUUACCCUCACCUCCCCUAGGGCAGGAAAAAGAACCCUGCAUGACAGUAUUUCAAAAAACCAAGUAAAUCAUAUUAAGUACAAGAAAUUAGUGCAAACUUUCCCCGCUUAAGUUGAAAGGGGGGAAAACUAUUCAAAGUGAUGUAAUGAUUAUCUGUGCCUCAGUGUACCCAUAAGUUUAUUUUUAAAGGUCUUUUACUGCUAGGGAUGUAGCUCAGAGGACUUAGCACACAGGAGGUCCUGAGUUUGAUCCUCAGCAAUUCCCCAAAAAAGAUAGAAUUGAAAAUACCGAUAUUUACCUUGUGGGUAGGGGCAAGUCAGGAGAGUCAAAAAAACUGAAGUGAAAGUUAAAGUUCUUAUUCUGGAUGUUCCUACCUCCCAUCAGGUGAUCAAGACAAUAGGCUGUGAUCUUGAAUCCAGAGCAUAAACCAAUUUCAGGAACUUGGAGAGAAGGAAGGUGGAAGGAGGAGUAUAAGCCCCAAGAGAAGAAGACCUCAGAACUAAUUCUUGAUAUGGGGAGGAGGUGGCCUUCAUGUAAAGGGCCGUAUAUUUUCAGACUCAUGCACAGAUACACUUAAUCAUGAGACACAGAGUCCCCUAUCUCUCUUUAGUUAUCUGUCCAUUCAGCAGAAUGGUGCUAUUGAAAAAUGGUGCUAAUAUCUAGAUGGUGGCAGAACUAAUAUAAAUAAACAGUCGUACAAAUGGAUAGGAGUAUGUGAGACUUCCACAAGGACAUCUUCUGAUAAGUGUGGAAUGGGUGUUGCUGGUCAAUGCCAAUUCUAUUGCUUAGAUACCAUGAACUUCAGUUUAUACUAUUUGCUUUUUACUUUUCUUCAAGCCAUUAGUGUAUAUUAUUCUGGUAAACUCCUGUGGAAAAUAAAACACUAUACUUGGGAUGAAAUUCAGGAUAGAACAGAACCAGGAGGAAAGUAAAAGUGUUUACCUAAAGCCAAGGAAUUUAUUUCUAGGUAAAUACUAUGUUCUUGUAUUCUCUGUCUUUUAAACAUUUUAAACAUUGCUGGUCGAUGACUGUCUCUGGUGAAAUAAGAGUUUUGAGAGAAGACACUCAAAUUGUUAAUGAUAUGACUGGAGGAUAAUCUGAUUUUUCCUAAUGAGGCAAUUCACGAAAACUGUCCCUGAAGUGUAUUAUAGGUUUUUAAGGGAAUUAAUUUAGUAAGCCAUAUUGAUUUAACUCAAUCUGAUACUGUAAUAUCAUAACAUCAGAUACAUGUCAUCAGAGACCUGGGUAUGACCAAGUUUGUAAACCUCAGGAACAAACCCAGAUUCCUACUGACCUCAUCAAAUCAAACGAGGUCAGAUUUCCCAAAACACAAAAAGGACCAUGUCAUUUAUGACCCAUGUGUAAACAAGAUGGUAGACAUGUGCAUGGGUAGGGGGUCUGGCCAGGUGCUCUCUUCUAGAUCUUUCUUCAGUUUCUCAAGGGCAGAAAUUUGGCCCCUGGUCCUGAGUCUUGGACAUUCACUUCCUGUACUGAGGCUGCAUUGUGGAACAGUUGUCUGUCAUGCAUCAUGUGUCCUUGUCAUGAGUUAUUCUCAGUCACUCAGCUACAGGUGGUCAGCGAUGAGCAUUCUGCAGGCAGAUCCCCGUGCUUGCAGUAGUAAAGGGGCCUUAGAUCAACUGGAAGACUCUGAAGGCAAGAAUCUGGAUGGUGUCUUUGUUUCUUUGAUGCCCACAGGGGCCAACACAAAGCAGAAUUAUUGUUUUACUUCAUCCAGAUCCUCCUUUCUCCCCACCUUGGACGAGCAGGUGAGAAGUAUGCCAAGAGACACUGGAAACAUUAUCUAACCCAAGAGGGCUACUACAGGGCGUGGUGCAUAAAUACAUUAGAUUCUAAAAUAUAGUUUGGUUUACAUUGCCUUUCACAGUGAUAGAGUUAGUUCUUCACUAAAAAGUUGUGGAUUAAUUUAAUUCUUGAACACCAAAAUAUAAGUACACCAUGAAAGAACAAUAUUCUAAGAAACUUAAUAGUAUUUUCUUAAAGCCAGAAAAUUGCUUCAUGGUACAAGGAUUUCCCUCCUCGUGAAGGGAUGCUCUGUUUUUGAAAGCUUUUCUUAAACAAGAGUGCAUUAUCAUCCCAUUUCCAGAGACAGCCCAAGUCUAUACUAGCAUCCAGUGAGAUGCUCUCUGACAGUCAAGGGGAUGUUUUUGAUACCCUCCAUUAAGUAACACAGUCUGAGGGAUUAUAUUAUUUUAGACCAUGGAAUUGAUUAUAAUCCUCCAAACUCUGAAAGUUACACAUUGCUACCCCAGAGAGUAUAGGUCUCGGCUUUAUCCUUUGUGACUUGACGAUGAAGCUCUGAGAAAGCUUAUCUGGUGCUCAAUCCACAGUGAUCCACUUUCCCAGGAGAGACCACAUGACAUGAACUUCCUGGUGCUAUAACCUAGCCAGCAUAUUUCUUGCUGUUUAUAUUGCUACUUUGAGUAUUAUUAAGUUAUGUCAUUAAAAAUAACAUGGUGGGAAAGCACAUUUCUACUUAUCAUUGUCCUUCAAAGUAGUUGCCUGACACCCAUGACCCAACCUGUUGCUCUCCCUGUGUCUCUAAUCUGCCUCACCAGCCCUCUGUCUUGGCCUCCCUGAGGGGUACUUUGGUGGGUGCUUCAGUACUUAAAGUCAGACUGUAAUCAUAGCCUGCCUUUGUGUGGCAUCAAUAAAUGAUCAAACUCA